GUGUGGAGAGGAGAGGACGGCUUCCGGGAUCUGGCGGGGCCUUUGUCCGGACCGGGCUCCACUUCCUGUCCCCGCAGCUCUGCGUCGUUGGCUUGCCGUUGGCCCUGUGACCCGGAUGCACCGGGAGAGCCAGAAGUGAAACGGAGGCUCCCUGGAAGCCAGGAGAUGAGUCCGCCUGUGUCUCUCCUGCCUGGAUCGCCAUAGAUUCGCAGAGGGCGCCCACGCAGGGUCACGGGAGCUCUGUCCCCCGCACCUGGUCUUUCAGACAUCCGUCCCCAGGUGCGCUGUGCAGACGGGCGCAGGAUGACAAAAUGAGCUGUCUGUGCUUCUGUCUUAGAAUAAGAGGAAUGAGUCACCCAGGGUGUGUUCCUCCCCUCCAAGAAGAAACCUCCUUGGUAUCCAGAUGGGAAUGACUCCAGUUUUCCGAUACUUGAGUAAAAAACAAAAAUGAGAUCUGGAGAUUGAAACUGGUUGAUUCCAUCGUGUGUAGCAUUAGAAAAACAGAGAAGGCAGUCGUGGCCUGCAGACCAGAAACUCUCCGUUUCCAGUAACUGGAUAAAGAAUUGAAUUCAGCCUCAGGGAUUAGCACAAAGAAGGGAGUGGUCACAGGGGCUGAGGCUUCUUUUAGGCCAUUUUCCUCCUGUGGUUGCUGUGAGUUCUGAUGCCACCAGUUGAAGGGACAUCCAUAGACAGAAAAGGUGGUGAUAUCAUUAUUUCUGUUGCUUUUGCCCUGCUAAAACUAAAUCGCUUCUAACAUAUAUGUCCUAGAAAAUUCUAAAGGUUUUGGUUAAGUUGCUUGUUAUUUUAUGUGAUAAAAUAGACAGGGAAGUGGCUCACAUAGAUUAACAUUCUACAAACCCUGAGAUUUAAAUUUUUGGGGGGCAAUUUUAGGAAAAACAGAAUUGUAAAUACUUAGUAGCACAGAGAUCAGAAUCUGCAUAGUGCCCUCUCCCUACGCAGACAUGCCCGGACUGCCCCUCCUCCAGCCUCACCCGGGUCUGGCCUCACCCUGGAAUCUCUUCCGAUAGAGUUAGCUACCCAGUUAAAUCAGAGUUUUGGGUGGUGACUCCUGCUGCCUCUCCAGAACUGAUAUUCAUAAUUUUCUGAAACCCCAAAGCAGAUAAAUGGGAUCAAAGCACUGUCUGUUUUGGGGCCUUAAUUUUUUUUUUUUUUUUUUUUUACUAAUACCAGUGCUUUUGGAGGUACUGCAUACAGCAGCCUGUCUCUCAGUCCUGUGGGCCUAAUAGGUGCCUCACAAGCCACAGGAAAGUGAAUGUAAACACGGCGGUGGAAAAUGCCUCCGCACUGGACUUCGACCUCUCUGCGUCCGCUCCAUUGGUCCACAUGGAACUUUAUACACUUUUGAAAAGUCAACGAUAGAAAAACAGAAAAAGAAAUACAAAGCCUGGGCUGUUGGUCUAUAUCUUGAGAGUUCCCGGAUACUUGGCACCAUCACCCACGCUGUGACGGGCGUUAACACACGUGCUCUGGCACAUGUUCUGAGCACACAGUGCCUGCUUCAUGGACACUGCAUUCAUAUGUGUGCCCAGUUUUCCAAACGGAGACAGAUUCAGACAGUGCUUCCUUCUCCAGCCCUGGAAAACUGUAAAGAGCCAGAAAAUAACGUAAUCUUUCAGGGUGGAGAUUGGCCGUCUCCAUCUGCACCAGAAAGAGCUUGUGCGGUGGUGUGAUUUGUCCAGAGAAUCUUACCUAAGAGGAAACCCCAAAGAAGCAGGAGAAAGAGAGAGAAAUGGCUGGUGCUCAGAAAGUGUUGACGUUCAGGGAUGUGGCCAUAGAAUUCUCCCUGGAGGAGUGGAAAUUCCUGGACGCCGCUCAGCAGAAUCUGUACAGAGAUGUGAUGCUAGAGAACUACAGAAACUUGUUCUCCAUCGGUCUGACUGUCUCUAAGCCAGGCCUGAUCACCUGCCUGGAGCAAAGAAAGGCACCAUGGAAUCUGAAGAGACGGGAGGCAGCUGAUGGACAUCCAGAGUUGGGAUUUCACCAUGCUACCCAGGCUUGUCUCGAACUCCUGGGCUCAAGCAAUCUGCCUGCCUCAGCCUCCCAAAGUGCUGGGAUUACAGGUGUGAGCCGCCACGCCCAGCCUGGCCUUGAGGAUUCUGUGGACAAAUUCAGUGCUAUGUCCUCUCAUUUUACCCAAGACUUUUUGCCAGAGCAGAGCAUACAAGAUGCGUUCCCAAAGUCAAUACUGGAAGGAUAUGGAAAUUGUGGCCUUGAUAAUUUACAUUUAAGGAAAGACUGGGGAAAUUUAGAUGAGUAUAAGUUGCAAAAAGAUUAUAAUGGACUUAACCAGUGUUCAUCAACUACCCAUAGCAACAUCUUUCAAUGUAGUGAGUGUGUUAAAAUCUUUAAUGAUUUUUCAAAUUUACAUAGAUACAAUAUAAGUCAUACUGGACAGAAACCUUUCAAAUGUCAAGAAUGUGGCAAAUCGUUUCAAAUGUUCUCAUUCCUAACUGAGCAUCAGAAAAUUCACACUGGAAGAAAGUUCCAAAAAUGUAGACAAUGUGGCAAAACCUUUAACCAGUGCUCACACUUUAUGGGACAUGAGAACACGGACACUGGAGAGAAACUUUACAUGUGUAAAGAAUGUGACGAAGUUGUUAAAACUUGCUCAGUCCUUACUAAAAACAGAAUUUACACUGGAGGGGAACAUUACACAUGUCAGGAAUUUGGCAAAGUAUUUAACCCGUGCUCCCCCCUUACUGACCAUGAGCGUGGUCCUGAGGGAAAACCCUACAAGUAUGAAGAGUGCAGCACUGUCUUUAUCUCCUGCUCUAGCCUUUCUAAUCAGCAGAUGCUUCUUGCUGGAGAGAACCUCUCCAAAUGUGAAACAUGGUACAAAGCUUUUAACCACAACCCAAAUCUUUCCAAACAUCAGAGAAGUGAGAUUGGAGGGAAACCUUUCAAAUGUGAGGAAUGUGACAGCAUCUUCAGGUGGUUCUCAGAUCUUACUAAACAUAAGAGAAUUCACACUGGUGAGAAACCAUACAAGUGUGAGGAAUGUGGCAAAGCCUACACCCAGUCCUCACACCUCAGUGAACACAGGAGGAUUCACACCGGAGAGAAGCCCUACCAAUGUGAAGAAUGUGGGAAAGUCUUCAGAACUUGCUCCAGCCUGUCUAAUCAUAAGAGAACUCAUUCUGAAGAAAAACCCUACACAUGUGAAGAAUGUGGCAACAUCUUUAAGCAGUCAUCAGACCUCACUAAACACAAGAAAACCCAUACUGGAGAGAAACCCUACAGAUGUGAAGAGUGUGGAAAAAACUUCACCCAGUCCUCCAACCUUAUUGUACAUCAGAGAAUUCAUACUGGAGAGAAACCCUACAAAUGUGAAGAAUGUGGCAAAGUCUUUAUGUGGUUCUCGGACAUUACCAAACACAGGAAAACACAUACUGGAGAGAAACCCUACAAAUGUGAAGAAUGUGGAAAGAACUUUACCCAGUCCUCCAACCUCAUUGUACACAAGAGAAUUCAUACUGGAGAGAAACCCUACAAGUGUGAAAAAUGUGGCAAAGCCUUUACCCAGUUCUCACAUCUGACUGUACAUGAAAGCAUUCAUACCUGAGAAAAAAAAUGUAUAAAAAUAGGCAAAGCCUUUAGUAUAUGGUCACGUCUUACUUUACAUCAGAGUUUUUAAUAAUAAUUUCUUAAUAACUUAAUGAAGAUAUUAUAAAUGUAAUGACUCUUGAAAGCCCUUUCAUGUAACAAGCCUGCAGAGCACACAAGAGUGUUUCUUCUGAAAACAAAGUUACAAUUACAUUUUAUACUGGAUGGAAACUUGCAUCAGCUGACUCAACUUUCAGAGAAUUUGUAGAGAAACCCUACAGAUGUCAUAAAUGUGGAAUAACAUAGAAAACAGUUCAUACUAAAAGAUGUUUUCAAAUGCAGUUAAUGGGAAAAAUAAGCAAAAUCAAAUUUAAGUAAACGUUGGAGGAUUAGAGAAAGGAAUAGGGCACCAGCACUUUCAGAAACGACACUGAAUCACAGCAUCGUCUACAGAGUAAUCUAGACGUAAAAUGGACCAGUUAUUGACAUUUAAAAGGAGGGUGACACGGAAUUUUUGUGGUUUUAAUUACAUUCAAAAUACACUUUUUUGGAUUGAAAAAGUGUUAAAUUUUUUGAAACGCGAAUGUUGAUGUUGUUCAACUCAAAUCGAUUGAUGCCGUGUCUUCAUUUCUAGUGCUGGUGUGAGAACACAUGCCCAAGUCCUCUUGUAGCAGGCGUGCAUGGCUCAUACACUUGUCCAUGAAAGGUGAAAGACACUGAAACGUGAGAUGCAUGAGUCAAAUCUCGGUAGCGAGGGUCUUCGUGUGUUUUAUAUACUUGUAAGUGAUUUAUGAGAUAGGUGUUUAGAGUAAUACCUGUCUGCAUUAUAGAAAGAAGGAACCAUUUUGAAUUUUGUAAAUAGUUUUACCUGUAUUUCAUUAAGGUAAUGUACCAUAAAUUUUGAAGUCCUUUUUAAGAUUCUGUGUGAAGUUAAUUUGUUUUUGAUUAAACACAAUUGUGUUAAGCCUGAUGUUCAUGGAAUAAAGUGUCAUCCAACCAAAAACCAGUUCCAUCCUACUCAAAGGUGUCGGUAACAGACAGUAACAAUAUACUACCAGGUGGCAUGGUGGACAUCUCCAGUGAUCUCUAUUCCCAGUGAUUUUUAAAAAAUUCUUGGCCGGGCGCAGUGGCUCACGCCUGUAAUCCCAGCACUUUGGGAGGCCGAGGCGGGUGGAUCACGAGGUCAAGAGAUCGAGACCAUCCUGGUCAACAUGGUGAAACCCCGUCUCUACUAAAAAUACAAAAAAUUAGCUGGGCAUGGUGGCGCGUGCCUGUAAUCCCAGCUACUCAGGAGGCUGAGGCAGGAGAAUUGCCUGAACCCAGGAGGCAGAGGUUGAGGUGAGCCGAAGGCGCGCCAUUGCACUCCAGCCUGGGUAACAAGAGCGAAACUCCGUCUCAAAAAAAAAACAAAAAAACAACAACAAAAAAUUCUUUGCCUCUUUUUGUAACUACAGAGUCACUAUUAUUGCUAUCAUAAAGAUGAUAGAGGAGUAUAAAUAAAAUACAUAUAUUUCUCAGUCUUUAAAAAUUUUUUUCUAUAGUUUUUGUUGGAUGUAAAGCUUCUGUGGCCUGCAAAACACAUAGAUUUAGUUUUGAUUUGCAUGGAGUUAAAUACACAACUCUAUUACUAUAAAGACAAACCGGCCUGGGCAUGGCGGCUCACGUCUGUCAUGCCGGCACUUUGGGAGGCCAUCUGGGAGGAUCACUUGAGCUGAAAAGCUUGGGACCCACCUGGGCACCUUACCAAGACCUGCUUGCCUGGCGACAGAGCAAGACUCUGCCUCAAAAAAAAUUAAAGUUUCUACUCUAGAUUUAAAAAAAAUUAGCUGGGAGUGGUGGUGCACACUUUCAGUCCCAGCUACUCAGGAGGCUGAGGUGGAGGGACCUUGUGAGCCUGGGAGAUGAAGGCCACAGUGGGCUGUGAUCACACCACUGCACUCCAGCCAGGGCAGCAAAGUGUGCUGUUGUCUCAAAAAAAAAAAAAAAAAAAGAUACAUUUCAGGUUUAAGACAAUUAUUGAGCAAGUAACUGUGUGCGAGGGUGAGUGUGUACCUAUUUUUGAAGAUGAAAACAAGAUGGGAUUAAAACAUCAUACUCCUGAUAGUUUACUAGAAAGCUGUAAACCUCAAAGAUUUAGAAAGACAUCUGUGUCCUCUCCUUUGUCUUGUAUUUCUGUGGUAUGUUUUGGCUCCUGGUUCAGAAUCUCCUCUUGCAAAUCCUCUGUUUUUACUGCCUGGUAUUCAUGUGGACCUGCCACAUGAUGUUCCCAUCCCAUUGUUCACGCAGCAUUAUUUCCGUCACCUGCCAGGGGUGCGAAGAAGAAUUUCCAUAAAACUUCGUGGUGCGUCCCAAGUAACCGCAGAUGUGAGUAGCUUCACAGUGAGUGUAUUAAGUCACAUUUCGUUUAGUUAGUGCUUUUUCCUUUCAAUUAGAGCACCCAAUUGAAGCCAGUUUUUCUUUGUUCUUUCGCUUUUUCUAAGUGACAUAGUUGAGUUUAUUUCCUUCAUUGGGCCAAUUUGUUCAGGUAAACACUGGGGAUGCUAAAUAAGUUAUUGGGUUGUCUUGAUAUAUAAAUGAAGUAAACAGGUACAGUGCUGGGCGAAUGACACACUUCAUGACUCGGAGUGAGUAAUUCUGUUGAAGUGCGUUUGUGUCUCCAACUUAGAGACUGAAAGCAUCCACGGUGAAGAACUGGUGUUACUUUUGCUUGUGUAGAGAGUGCCUGUAAUUCCUAUUUCCAGGAUACACAGGCUUUCUCCAAACUUACGAAGCGGAGUUUUGCUUGUUCACUUUUCUGACAGUCUGCAGUUUUCUGCCUCUUUUCAUGCAUCCUGAGUGCUCUGCAUCACAGUCCUCUCUGCCUGUCUUAACGGCUAUAACUUUCUCAGCGUUUUCCCUGCCUGUCACACCACAUAGUCUUCGCAGGUUCAAAGAGAGGCUUGGGAUUUUCUCAUGUGAGGAAUUCCUCUUAACUGGAGUGUUUGAGGCCGUUUGUGCUAUGAAUACAGCAUUUGGGUCACUUAGGAGGUUGGGACAAGAGGGGUGCACUGUCUGCAGCCAGGUGUUGUGAUCAGUCAGCACUGUCUGGAUUUAUUUGUAAAAGGUAGAUGGUAUUCGGUGGCUCACACCUGUAAUCCCAGCACUUUGGAAGGUCAAGGUGGGCAGAUCACGAGGUCAAGAGAUCAAGACCAUCCUGGCCAACAUGGUGAAACCCUGUCUCUACUAAAAAAUACAAAAAUUAGCUGGGCAUGGUGGCACACACCUGUAGUCCCAGCUACUUGGGAGGCUGAGGCAGGAGAAUCGCUUGAAUCCGGGAGGUGGAGGUUGCAGUGGGUCAAGACCGUGCCACUGCACUAGAGCAUGGCGCCUGGCGACAGAGCAAGACUCUGUCUCAAAAAAAAUAAAAGGUCGUUAAUACCAGUAGGUGUAUGUGGUAAGCACUGUAAGGGUGAGGCAGGAGAAUCGCUUGAACCUGGGAGGUGGAGGUUGCAGUGAGCUGAGAUAGCACCACUGCACUCCAGCCUGGGCAACAGAGCAAGACUCUGUCUCAAAAAUAAAAAAUAAAAUGUUGAAUGAUCUUUGCAGAUUGAUACUGGAAUCAUGGAGAAUUUUUCAGUUUCAUGUCAUAAUAUUUUCCCGUGUUGUAAUCUGUGUAGUCCACACACAGUUCAUAGUCCUCAUUCUUAGUUGCUAACUGGAUGUAACUGGUUGGCCAUCUUUCUAGAUAAAUCUCUGGGGACGUGACAGCUUCUGAAUGUGAAUAUUCUCUGUGAUUUGGAAUGUAAAUCUGUUUUCUGUGUUCCCAGCGUAGCUAGCGCUGGGACUGUUAAUCCCACCUUCAUCUUUAUUGUUUUCCAUUCUGGCCACAUGUGGACCAGAAACCCUAGGAGCCCUUGGGUUAAAGGUGCCUGUUCUUUCCUGUGUUCUGUGCUGGGUCCUGCAUGUGCUGUAACAAUGCAGAGUUUCUAUGCUUAUGGCUGACAAAUGGUAGAACAAACACUUUACAAGGCCAGGCGCGAUGGCUCACGCUUGUAAUCUCAGCACUUUGGUAGUCUGAGGUGGGCGAAUCACUUGAGGUCGGGAGUUCGAGACCAGCCUCACCAACAUGGUGUAACCCCGUCUCUACUAAAAUACAAAAAUUAGCAGAAUGUGGUGUUGUGUGCCUGUAAUUCCAGCUAUUCCAGAGGCCGAGGCAUGAGAAUCCCUUGUUCACAGGGGACGGAGGCAUAGUGAGCCGAGAUCGCAGCAGUGCACUCCAGCUUGGGCAUCAGACCAAGACCCCAUCUCAGAAAAAAAAAAAACUUAACAAAAACUGCUUUUUAAUACUGUUUAGCUAAGCUUACGACUAAGAAAGAGAUUCAGUAUUUGGAACAUUGCUAGCGUUUUAUAAUGUUAAUUUUGAUUGACAUAAAAGUAUUUGUAUCAUGUAAAAUAGGUUUUAUGUGUCACAUGCUCUAGUUAUUGUAUACUUUAUCUCAUGUAAUUAUGUGGUGAGAACUAAACAUUUGACUCUUCACAUUUUGAAAAACACAAUAUAUCCUAAUUAAAUGCAGUCAACAUGCUGUACACCAGAGCUCUUAAAUUCAUUCCCCCAUCUCACUGUAAUUAUGUCUUAUUCGACCGUCAUCUACCCAAACAUCUGCCCGCCUCUGGUAACCAGAAUUCUGCUCUCUACUUCAACAGGUGAACUUGUUUAGAUGUCACCGAUGAGAGGCGGCCGUGGUAUUUUCCUUUCUGUACAGCGUGUGUUUCAGGUUCAUCCAUGUGACUGGCAAUGGCAGGAUUAGCCACAGGAUUCAUGAUUCGGGCACAGCUGGGGGGAUUUGAUGUCAUGGCUGUAGUAAAUAGUGCUGCAGUCGACACGGGCGUGCGAAUGUCUCUUCAACACACUGAUGUCAUUCACAGUCCCUGGAUCGCCAGUGGUCUGAUUGCUGUAACGAGCAGUGGUUCCGUUUUUAACGUUUCCGAAAUCUUCAUUCUGUUUUCCAGAAUGGCUGUACUGAUGUCCAUGCCACCGACAGUGUGCAGGCCCCCUCUCUCCACAGCUUUAGCAGCACUUGGUACUUUCUGCCUGUUUGCUAAUAGUCAUUCUAGAAGGCGUGAGGUAGUAUCUCACGGUGGCUCUGGCUGCCUCUUUCCUGGAUAAUUAUCGAUGCUUAGCAUUUUCAAAUUUAUUUGUUAUAUAUAUGUCUUUUGAGAAAUGCCUAUUGAAGUUUUCCCCUCGUUUUUAAUACUUGUUUUCGUUGUAUAGUUGAGUCGCUUAAAUAUUUUGAUUAACCCCCUGUCAGAUUCAUAAUUUAAAAAUGUUUCCCCCCUUCCUAGGUUACCAUUCCAUUGAUUGUAUGUGGUCCUGUGCAGAAGUUUUUUAGUUUGAAGUAAUCUCAUUUGUUUACAUUUACUUAUGUUUCCUGGCAUUUUGAGGUUAAAUUCAAAAAAUAAUCACCCAAACCAAUAUCAUAUUUUCUUUACCUUAUGUUGUCUUGUAGUAGUUUCAGACUUUCAGCUAUUAUAUUUAAGUCUUUAUUUUGAGUUGUUUCUUGUAUGUGGUGUGAGAUGAUGGCCUCAUUUCUCUUUUUUGCAUGUAGAUGUUUAUUUUUUCCCAAACGCCAAGUAUUGAAGAGACUGUUCUUUAGCCAUUUUAUAUUCUUGUCACCUUUGUCUAAAUCAGUUAGCUGUAAAUGUGUUGAUUUAUUUCUAGGCUCUCUAUUCUGCUCUUUUGGCCUAUGUGUCUGUUUUGAUACCAGUAUCAUACAGUUUUACUUAUUAUGGCUUUGUAAUGUAUUUCGAAGGCAGGUUCUGUGAUGCCUUCAGCUUUGCUUGUUUUUUCUCAAUUAUUUUGACUAUUGGGGAUCUUUUUGUUGUUUUUUUUUUGUGUUACCAGAUGAAUUGGGGGAUUCCUUUUGUAUGUGAAGAAUGUAAUUGGUAUCUUGAUAGAGAUUUCAUUAAACCUGUAGAUCACUUUGUGUAAUAUAGACAUUUAAAAAACAUUAAUUCCACCGAUUUGUGAAUAAAGAAUAUCUUUCUA